CUUCCGGUGCAUUCACUUUGUUUGACAGCAGCCCGAGUCGGAGGGAAGCAGGAGGCGAGCGGCCUGUCCAGGAUGGCGGGAGCUGGCGCCGGCGCGGGCGCGGGAGCGGUGGCGGGGAUGGACUAUACGGUGCAUGAGGCCUGGAACGAUGCGACCAACGUUUAUCUGAUCGCCAUUCUGGUCAGCUUCGGACUUCUGGUCUACGCGCGCAAAAAUAAAAGGAAGAUCAUGCGGAUAUUUACUGUGCCUCCGGCUGCUGAUCCAACACCUGAGCCCAACUUUUAUGACAACUUACAGAAAGUUCGUUUACGCCAACAGUUAGAGAUGUACUACAUUGCACGAAAGUAUGAUCAACAGCAAGGGCAAUCGGAUAGUGUGCAGCUUACAGUGGACUGAGACUGUUAGUCACAGCAUGGUAUCACAAAGCUACUAUUGAUACUUAAGUAGAAAUGACAAACUAAAGAGACUGAAUCGAAGAUGGAACCAGUAAAAAGGAACAACUAAAAUAUUGGAAGCCUGAAAUCAAAGCAGAAAAUGUUGGAAUUUGGAACUUAAUGUUCACUCCUUACAAAACAAAUAUACUGGAGAGUUAGGAUUGCUACUCAAUGUUGAUCUGUUUUUCCAAUCCUGCAACUAAGUCUCCAAGUCAUCUGUUUUAUAAAAAAAAGUGAUGCAUGUCAAUACUGUUAAUUAAAUAAGUUUCUUCCCCAAAGAAACAUGAUAAGGGAAGACAAGAUCUCCAGUGCACUCAGGUGUUUGCACGACUGCUUCUCUGACCUCAUGAUAACAAAAGCAUUAGUAAUUAAGCAGUAUGAGCAGAAGUAGACCAUACGACUCCUCGAGCCUGCUUCACUAUUCAUUAUGAUCGUGACUGAGUUUCUAUCUCAACCCCACUUUCCCUCCCUUAACCCAUAUCCCUUGAUUCCCUGAGAAAUCAAAAACUAUCAAUCUUGGUCUUGAAUAUAUUCAAUAGAGCAGCCAUAACCCUCUGGGAGGACUGGUACAGGUCGAUAGGUGACAUACAUUGGACAGGAUUCAAUUAUUCAAAAUAACUUUUAACGAUCGUUGGAGAUAAAGGUCGUUUGCUUUCAGUUAAGAGGAAUCUCGAAGAGUUUUAUAUUAAGCUCUCUUUUAACAGAACAUCCUCUAAUUCUAUGUAUGGAGUUUGGUUUUAAGGGUUUUAUUUUAGCUGAAAUACAGUACAACUUCAUCUUACUCAUUAUUGGUGUGAGGAUUCUUAUUGUUACUUAGUGUUUGAAAGUUAGCUCCUUUUUAAAUAAUUUGUAAUUGGAUUUUUUAACAGAACUGUGUUAAGCCAGAAUGAUGUUCAAGUAGAAAGAAAUAACGUUAACUGAAUAUGGCUUUUAGAAAUAAUUGUAAAUGUUACAAUUAUUUUUAAUGCUUAAAAUAUUUCUCUAUUUGUUCCUUUUGUUCCUCUGUCCUUUUCGGUCCUGGUAUAGCCACAGGCAUUCAUGGCCUGGUGGCAGUUUGUGAAAUGAGAAUUUGGGCAAUGUUCUUGUGCUCAAUAACCUUGGCACCAUCUAAGUUAAGCUCACUCGUGCUGCAGAUGUUUUUCAGCUGGGGCAAGUGGAUAGUGAGCAAGAGUGAGAAUUCCAUCUAAGUUUGUUUGCUGCCCUAAAGCCCAUUGUAGCACCUUCCAAAUGCUGCAUUGACAGUAAUUGACUAAUUUGAGCCAAAUCAGAGAUUCUGGUUUGUAUGGUUGAGUACUGCAUUAUCUGGUAUAUUUACCAAGUGGGGCAUUGGAAGCUUUUUAUAUACUAAAUUACUAAAUACGUGAUGGUGAAGUUAUGUUUAUGUCAGUAAACUUUUCUAAAUGGUGGCUUAAUUUUAGUUCAUAAUUUACUUCAAACUUCACAGCUAACAGAAAGCAGCAGUUUCCUCCACAUACGCGUCCACAUAUUACACUUAAACCAGUGUUGAUUCGACUGGAUCAGAGUAUAUGCUUUACUUGUGAAAUGCUGACAAAUGUGAUUACUAAUAAAUGAUUUCAAAGCGC